GCAUUUAUCCGAUUAGGCCUUUUUAACCCACUAGGUGGUGAUUACACUUUGAUUUUCAAUAAUGUCAGGCGGAUUGCUCAGACACCUUGCGUACAAUCUCACCUCCCGCUGCUUCACCACCGUCUCUCGCCCUCUCGCUCCCCCAUUCUCCUCCCGCUUCUUCCCAAACCCCAAACCCAGACACCUCUCCCGGCCCAAUUCCCUCGCCGCCGCAAAUAUUUCCACUGCUUCUUCGGACCCUCCCACUCCCUCCGCCGAGCCCAACGAGCCCUUCGCUUCGCCUUUCCUCUCCGUUCAAAUCCGCUGCCAAAAACAUGUCGCUGAUAUACUUUCAGAAGCGCUGUUAUGUUUCGGUGCAAGUUCUACAAGUAUUGACGAAGAAGAUGACAAUGACGGAAAGGAUGAGAUCUGCAUUGAUUCCAUAUUUCCUGAAGGCGAAGAUGUAAAAACCUGCAUUUCACGUGCUGCAGAUUCCGUAAGUUUGAAAGAGAUGCCUAGUUAUGAAGUUAAGAUGGGUGAGCAGUUCGACUGGAUAACGAAAACUCAGGAAUCAUUCCAUCCUGUUGAAGUUACUGAAGGACUUUGGAUUGUGCCCGAGUGGAGAAUUCCCCCGGAUGCCCAAGCAACUAAUAUAAUUCUAAAUCCUGGAUUGGCAUUCGGAACCGGGGAGCAUGCUACUACCAAGUUAUGUCUAUUGCUGCUCCGUAGAUUGAUAAAGGGAAGAGAAUUAUUCUUGGACUAUGGCACAGGUUCUGGAAUUCUCGCAAUCGCUGCAGUUAAGUUUGGUGCUGCCUUAUCAGUCGGAAUUGAUAUAGAUCCCCAAGCAAUUACUUCGGCGCGGCAGAAUGCUGCUCUGAACAACAUAGGACCUGAAAAGAUGCAAUUGCACCUGCUCCCCAGCAAAACUAGCUCUACCUCGAGAGAUUCAUGCGGAGGUGUGGAAGAUCGGAGCUCAUCUGGAGUGGAAUCCAUCUUAGAAACAAACAAGUACGACGUGGUCAUCGCAAAUAUACUUUUGAAUCCCCUAUUAGAUUUGGCGGAUCAUAUCGUCUCUUAUGCAAAGCCUGGGGCAGUCGUCGGUCUCUCUGGCAUUAUCUCUGAGCAGCUUCCACAUAUCGUAGAGCGGUAUUCACAGUUAUUAGAAGACGUAUCGAUUACUGAGAUGGAUGAUUGGGCCUGUGUUCAUGGAACAAAGAAGCAGAAUCUUUCUGAAAGCUAACUUUCUGCCAUUUCAAACGUUGACGGAAGUACCAUUGGAUAAGCGAGCCAGACAGUAUUGUGAAUUAGCAGGACUGACCUUGGGAAAAAGCAGCAGUGACCCAUGACAACUUGUAUGCAGCUUCUUUCCAUGUAGAAACUCUUUUCACCCGGGAGUAGGUCAGAUGAUCUUGUAUUGUAAUCGGGUUUCUCUUGGCCGAGCAACAAUGACCGGCGUCGACGUUCUAGAGAGAUACCUCUUUUCCAAACACAGAUAUUGACAACUCUCAUGAGCUUGAAUCUACCUCAUAAUUUUAUUUCA